GUGAACGAGCAUAAUCAGAUAAGGUUUCAUUCUAAAAUCAAUUAACAAUAAUAUUAAUAGGAGUAUUUACUUAGAUUUCAUUAGAUUAUACCGUAUGAGUUACAUCCCGUUGUACUGUGAAUGAGCUGAAUUAAAGUACUCCAACAGUCCAACUAUUGGAGUUUAUUUUGUACAAGUGUAAUUUUUUACUCACCUUUAAAAAGCUCUAUAAAUACUCAGAAAAUAAGCCUAGCUUCAUAAUUCAGAAAUCAGAACCAUAUAAAUAUAUAUACUCCAUUGCCUGGUUUUUCCUUUAAUUUCUCUAGUAUCUUAUAUCUUUUGUUAACCAUCUCUCUUUGACAAUGGGCGCCAUGGACGAGCAUCAAUAUGAAAUGAAACUAGAAGGUGCAUUGAACUUGGGUUGCAUGAAAACUGGUAUGGAAAUAGAACCAGAAAUCCAGGCUGCUGUGAGGAUCUUACUGCAAGGCUUGGGCGAAGAUGUCGAUAGGGAAGGCAUCAAAAAGACUCCUCUUCGCGUUGCCAAGGCUCUCCGAGAUGGAACUAAAGGUUACAAGCAGAAUGUGCAGGAGAUUGUGGAAGGUGCUCUAUUUCCUGAAGCAGGACUUGAAAAUAACAGAGUUGGCCAAGCAGGAGGAGUUGGAGGUCUUGUAAUAGUCCGAGAUCUGAAUCUCUAUUCAUACUGUGAGUCUUGUUUGCUACCAUUCCAGGUGAAAUGCCAUGUAGGUUAUGUUCCAUCCGGACAACAGGUUGUCGGCCUUAGCAAGCUAUCUAGAGUUGCUGAUGUCUUUGCUAAGCGCCUCCAAAAUCCACAACGACUAGCAGAUGAAAUAUGUUCAUCUUUGCAACUUUCCAUUAGGCCAACUGGUGUUGCUGUUGUUCUUGAGUGUCUUCAUAUUGAUUUUCAGUCUGGUGGGUGGGAAAAGCUGAUGGUCUCGUCAGGAUCUGGGGUUUUUCAAGACCAAAAAGAUGUUAAUAAUAAUAACAUUUGGACUGAGUUUUUCAGUCUUUUGAAGAUUCAAAGCUCUGUAUCUGGUAACACCCAAAAGAGAAUUAACUCCAUCAGUCAUUGGUGCCCAUCUGAAGCUUCUGAAACCAGUACUAUUCCGCCGUCUGGUAUGAUCAGUGCAGUUACUUCCAUGCUUAGAGCUUUGGGUGAAGAUCCUCUAAGAAAAGAGCUUGUUGGUACUCCUACUCGCUUUCUCAGUUGGCUUAUGAACUUUCAGAUCUGUAGUAUUGAGAAAAAGCUGAAUGCAUUUGCUGGUAAUAUGUUGGAACCUAAUAUGAAAGCAAAUGGUGAAGUGAAAUGCAACAUGAAGGCCUAUUCAGAGCUUAACUUGCCAUUGUGGUCAAUGUGUGAACAUCACUUGCUUCCUUUUUAUGGAGUGGUGCAUAUAGGUUACUUUUCUGCUGAAGAAAUAAAUCCUACCAGAAAGUCCAUUCUUCAGGAAGUUGUGCACUUCUAUGGUUCCAAGCUACAGGUGCAAGAGAGACUUACUAAAGAGAUUGCUGAAACAGUUGCACCUUUUCUUGGUGGAGACGUAAUAGUCGUAGCAGAGGCUAGCCAUACAUGUAUGCUUUCUCGAGGUGUCGAGAAGUUUGGGAGUAGCACAGCCACAGUUGCUGUUCUUGGUCGAUUUUCAACUGAUUCUGAGGCUAGAGCAUUGUUCCUGGGAAGUCUUCCCUAGCUAGUUAAGUGUAUUCGAAUUUGUCAUGAUAGAUCUUUUAAAACAUUUGCUGUAAGGUCAUAUGUUGUCUGAAUGUCUGUUGUGUUGAAUAAAAGUAUAAAACAUCGAUCAUCUUUAUUAAGUUGUGGUUUCUCCUGAACAUCUCAUUCUUUUACUCUUUAAGAACUGGUUAUGGCAUUGUAGUUUUUGAAUUUGGAACAUUGCUAGACUGUUUUACUGACUACCGUCAACUUAUGCCGUUUUUAAUCUUGGGAAA